UUACUUUCAUUUUGCGUUAUUACUCCAUUCGUCCUUUUACUUCCAUUGCGCUCUAUUUCUCACUCUCCGGCGUAUAAGAGCCACCGACAACUCCGCCGGGAUCAUUAGCGGCCACCGUCUUCCUCCUGUUUCGUGAUCUUUAACGAUAUAAAUGUCAAAUGAUGUGGAAAAUCCUAAAGAUGGAGAUGCCAGGAAGUCUUCAGAGGCUUCUUCACCACCACCCAGUCUUCAAUUGACUUGGUACGAUGGCUUACUUCAGCAAGCAUCAGUUUAUGGAGUAGCUGCUGGGUACUGUCUAUCAGCAUCAUUACUUUCCAUCAUUAACAAGUGGGCCGUCAUGAAAUUUCCUUACCCAGGGGCACUAACUGCUCUGCAGUAUUUCACAAGUGCAGCUGGAGUCCUCAUGUGCGGGUGGCUCAAGGUUAUAGAACAUGAUAAGCUUGAUCUUAAAACGAUGUGGCGGUUUCUGCCAGCUGCAAUUAUAUUUUAUCUCUCUCUUUUUACAAACAGUGAGCUUCUCCUCCAUGCCAAUGUUGAUACUUUUAUUGUCUUCAGAUCAGCUGUCCCCAUCUUUGUUGCAAUAGGAGAGACCCUCUACUUGCACCAACCAUGGCCAGCAAUUAAAACAUGGGCGUCAUUGGGUACAAUCUUUGCUGGUAGCGUGCUCUAUGUCACUACUGAUUACCAGUUCACACUUACAGCUUAUAGCUGGGCAUUGGCUUACUUAGUGAGCAUGUCCAUUGAUUUUGUUUAUAUCAAGCAUGUAGUAAUGACAAUUGGCUUAAACACAUGGGGUCUCGUGCUAUACAACAAUCUUGAGGCUUUGAUGCUUUUUCCUAUUGAGCUGCUUAUAAUGGGCGAACUGAAGAAAAUAAAGCAUGAAAUUCAGGAUGAGUCAGAUUGGUACAGUUUUCAAGUGGUGUUACCCGUAGCCCUGUCGUGUUUGUUUGGUUUAGCCAUCUCUUUCUUUGGAUUUUCUUGCCGUAGAACAAUAUCUGCGACAGGCUUUACUGUUCUCGGCAUAGUGAACAAAUUAUUGACAGUGGUGAUAAAUCUAAUUAUCUGGGAUAAACACUCGACUCUUGUUGGAACAGUGGGACUCUUGAUCUGCAUGCUUGGUGGUGUUAUGUACCAGCAAUCCACGAGCAACAAGCCUAAGGCUGUGAAAGAUGUAAAUCCACAAGCAGCUGAUGAGGAGCAACAAAAGCUUCUUGAAAUGCAAAGUAGCAUACAGAGAACUGAGAACGAGAAGCAAGCUACACAAUCGGAAGAUGAGAAGCAAUAACAUAGUCUGGGAAGAGUUCCCUUUUCAUUCUUGUUAGUCAAAGAUAUUGUUGAAAUUCAAUUAUACACUUGGUCAAAAACCCAAUGCUGUCUGUCUUAACCGCCAAAUUGUGUAUGUAAUCAGCUGCUAGUUAUUUAGAGCAAAUUUCACGAGGAAAAGGAGAGUGGAUAGCUACAUUUUAUUCAUGGGUAUGAAGUCAGCUACCUUCAACUUUGCAAAAGUACAUGUUAAGUUUAUCUACUAUAGUUUUGAUUCAUAUUCAGUUAACUGAUCUAGUUAGGUGUGACAGACUAUUUGGAUAUGUUUUCCUACUCCUGUACCCAAACCAGUGACAUGCUUCUUC